AUGUUCGAAAGCGAUAGCAAAAAUUAUUGGAGGAAAAUAAGGAAUGUGUGUCUUUCAGUUCGAUUGUUUUAAAUGCCUCUGAUCAAGUCCAUUUCAUCUCCUGAUGAAGUGACUUUCAAUGGCAAUCAAACCAAAUAUAGAUCCUGCUCUUAUAUAGAUUAUAUCAACAAGGAGUAGCACAUUGCAAAACAACGAGCCCAUGACGAUUUAAGCGAUGCUUUGAAAGCGAUCAAGAGAGAGAGAGAACUCUUCUAUUAUGUCGAGAAAGGCAGUUCUAUUGAUCAAAUUGAAAAAAUCAUAAUGAAUGAUCCAAAAAGAUACCUCUAUGAACCAACGAGUCCUUUGAGACUUGUGAACAAAAAGAAUUCGUCUGGAUUCACUCCGUUAUACAUAGCAGCAAAGAACGGAUUCGAAGAUGUUUGUAAAAUAUUAAUUUAAUAUGGUGCCGAUUAAAAUAUUUCAGUUAAUUAAAUUGAUGAUUAUCCAUUGGUUGCCGCAUUGCGAUGGAGGCAUUUCGAAGUUAUUGAACUUCUAUUGACCAAUAAUCCGAAUGAGAAAGUUAGAAUUUUGUGUUAAUAAUCAAUUGACAAGAGUCUCAGACAUAAAUAUUCCAAAUAUUUUUGA